AUGCGGCACCUAACAGUUGGCGAAGCCAUUGCUAAAAGUAACCAAACUUUCAAACAAAAUAGCACUUCAUAGCACCCUGAGUUACAAGUUUAAUGGGCUUUUGAUUCUAGGUUAUAUAUAUCCACACUGUUCAAUGAAUUCCUUGGUGUGAAUUGUUUACAUUGUUCCGCUAGAAGCGAAAUUAUUUUUUUGUACGCGUUGUCCAAUUUGUAAUUUCUUUAGAUCAAUUUAUACCAACUGAUUUAUACAGUUAAUAACUUUGUUUUUGGACUGAUUUAGAUUUGGAAUGAUUUUACUGUACAAAAUUAGGUUGUUUUAAGAAAGGUGAAAUUUUAAGGAUGAAUUUUUAAGCUUACAUGUAUCCAGAAUUAGCAGAGUUAUACACAAUCCUUGCCCAUAUACAAUGUGGUAUUUUGAAGUGAAAAUCUUAUUAUAUUUACAUGUUCAAAAUAACAUCGAAUAUUUUGAAGACACUAUCUUACUCCUGUACAUCACAUUGUCCCUUAUUAGUAUUCUCGACAGGACUAUCACUAUAUUUUUCUCACUGGCAUAGUACUUGGGCUGAGUUAAUCUUCUAUAAUGCAAAGAUCUCAUAUAAUAUUGUAUGGACCAAAUUCCAAAUGCAAGCACAAGCACAAGAUCACUUAUUUGUUAUCUAGCUAGUUGCAUUAUUUUGAGAUACCUAUAGCAAGACAAAGGCAACAACAAAGGCAUUGUUCAAGGUUUCUCUCCUGUGUUAUCAUGCCUAUUCCUAUUCAAGGUAUUUUACAUGAAACAAAGGGCUUGUAUUAUUUGUUUGGAUUUGCUUCUAAAAAGGAAAUGAUUAUUGUUUUGUUAUUCUCAUUUCAGGGAAACACUUAACUAUUUACCCCUUUGUGGGUGUUCUGAUGCUGAGUCAAGCCCCUUUGCUCUUACAGACCCUGCCACAUGUGACACACACCAUACUAGUAUUAACAAUUACUGCUUCUCCAGUAGAGUCGGUGGAGUUUACAUUCUUGGAAUUUUUGUUUGCUGUACUUAAAUAAAGCACUUUGUGGAAGAUGCAAAAGGAUUGUUUUGCUUUAAUGAGUAUCUUAUUUGCUAGUGUAUCAGGUUUGCUAUCAUCAUCAUCACUGUCAUCAUCAUCUGAGUUGCCACUUCCAUCAUCAUCGUCGUCGUCAUCAUGAUUAUCAUUGCUUCCGUCAGUUUCAUCAUUUCCUGCCAGUAAACCUUUGUUGAAACUGUCUGCAAGUUCUUGGAUUCUUAAAGGAAGUUGCUCAGAGCAAAUGGAGCACUUGACACCACACAGUAUUGAGUAGUUAUGAUCGUUACAGUUUGAGUAACUACCAAGACAACUUUUGUGAAAUGUGUGGCCACAGUUGAAGCGCUGAACUGCAAGUAGGAGAUUGUCAUCUGCUCUGCAAUCUGCUGCAUCACAAGCCAACAGUGGGUCUGGUUCUUGACCCUUCCAGGCAUACCCUAAGGGGAAGCUUCUUUGGUCCACGGUUGCAUCAAGAGAGGGUAGAUAAUAAGGCUACAUUGGAAAAAGAUAAAGGUUUGUUUCAGGUAUAUCUUGUAUAGGAAAUGCUUUGUUUUGUUAUGGAAUGGGUUGUUACAGCGAUAUUGGAUUCUACCUGAUAUUUCCUUUGUCCUCUGGGUAUUUUUGCAGAGUUUCCAAGGUUUUGCCUCACAGAGAUGAACAAGUCAAGAAGAAACUCUGUUGGGGAGGAAAUUUUUAACUGGAUCAGUGUACAUCUAUGGACUGAUAAAUUAGAGUCAUUUUACUUAAACCGUGAAACAGCUUUUUAGAAUACUACGCACUAUUAUGUAUUAAUUCCAUUGUCUUCUGUUGUUUACCUCUUGCUAUUUUGCACUGUUUGUUACUAUCUGUUUCACGGUUCAAAUAAAAUCACUCUAUUUUUGUUGUUUUUGUCUCCUUGUCACAAGGUCCUUGUGCCUUCUAUUUAGCCCCUGCUUCUUCACAUCCAGCCACCUCACCUUGUGUCAACUUAUUGUUUUGGCCAGGGUGUUGUGCAGUGGCAGAUGUUUAAUAAUGAAUUGUUUCAGUAUGUAAAUACAUGUACCUUUAUGGCACUCUCAACGAUGGCUUGUGUCUUGUGAAUGCUUUUUCCAGACAAUCCUUUUUUAUGAUUUAGCACACUUCUCGGGUGAGUGCUAAACCCCAGAAGUGAGCCAGCUGUCAAAGCGUCAUCACUGGCACCAUGAAAGGACAAGUGUAACCCACAGUCUUGUUGUAAGGGAUUGUUUUUCUGUUGAAAACAAACAAGCAACACCUAUGUCUAUUACACACCAUGGUGUUUAAUUUAAUUUAAGUGUCUUCCUAAAGUAUGGUUCCUGCUAUUAUUAUUAUUAUUAUUAUUAUUAUUAUUAUUAUUACUAUUAUUAUUAUUAUCAUUAUCAUUACCAUUAUCAUUAUUAGUAUUAUUAUAUAUUUUAUUUUUUAUUAUUAUUAUACACACUUGGUUUCUAAAGUAAGACAGCUGAUGAAGCAGUGCCACAACUCGCAGUCUCAGUAUUUCAUGUCUUUUCUUAGAAAGCUGUUGUUUUUCAUCAUUCUUGACUAGACACAAGGCACGGUCGAACAAUCCAGGGGUGCACUUGUUGGCAAAUUUUUCCAUGUCUGCAGGGUCGUAUAGCCGCUGCCCUCCAUCCUUGUAAUGUUUAGUGAGACACUUGUGGAACGUUUUGAACUGCUCAUCAAAUGUUGGCUCUGAAAAUUAAUAAAAAAAUAUUUCUAUUAAAGGUUGAAACUAGUCAUCUUUGUUUUGAAUGUGUGGAAAUUAAGAGUACGUCAAUACAAUACCUUCUAGCUUGUUGCAUCUUUCUUUUACUACUGCAUUUUCGCGCUGUAAUUUGGUGAUUAAUUGUUUUGCCUCUGCUAGCUCAUUAACACUCUGCAAAGGGGCGGUCUGAGAGGUUCCAUCCCUCCAAGUUGUUUUCUUUUCUGGGGUAGUACAUAGGACUGAAGUAGUACAUUUUGUCUACAAAUGUAUAGGGCAAAAUUUAAUGCAAAAUAUGAAUAUUUUCUAAAACAAAACUAAGAAUGUAUGAUCUGUUUCAGUACAUUUUGACUGUUGUUUGAGUGUAAAAGAAACAUACCUUUCUCGUAGUAGGGGGUUUGUAGAGGGCGUGGUUGGUAAAUAUGGGAGCUUUGUCCACGAGAUUUAGGUGGCCUGGGCAAAGAAAUGCGCCUCCUUGGUAGUUUUCAAGGUUUGUUGCCACGGUGAGAAUCCUCUGCGGACAUGGCAGUAAAUUGUUCCUUUGCGUGCAGGCAUUUUCACUCGGAAAACAGCACCUCCUUUGACUUUCCACUUGCAAUUUUUUUGCAUGACCAAAACAUAGCCAAACCGGCCUAGAGUAGCCACGUAAAACAGCCUCUUUUCCCGAAUAGUAAUUAGUGGCACCCCAACACUUUUCUGACACGCUUCUUAAUCUGGAGCCACGUUCACAAACAUUUUCCAUUAUUUAAUCAACUUUGGACGUUCUUUCCGCCGGAAACGCACGCAAAAAGACCGGAACUUGACAGUGAAGCGGUCGGUAACUAUUUUUGGACAUUUUUGAAGCUUGUUUCAUUCAUAAUUUCCCGCGCAAAGCAUGAGGCCGGGAAGCUGGCGCCUACCAGUCAGUAAGUGGACACAAGCCGUUGGCGAAGAGUUUGAUGUUUACAAAUCUUUUCCUUUUUUUACUUGUCCAAGGAAAUAUAUUUUUGCGCUGCUAUCUACCUUCUAAGUGCAAGAGGAUCGAUCCUUUUAGAGGUAAGAUUGGCUGUACAUUUGUCGAAGCUUCUCACCGGCGAUUACGUUCGAGUGUUGUCACCGCGAGGGGGAUGCAAAAACAAAAAACAGCAAGCCACAGAAAAACGUACUGUUCGAUUUUUUUACGUAUUUCUUAUUUUGCUUCUUGGCUUUUAGCCUUUUGGUUGGUCGAAUUGUGAACCUUAAAUACUCCACCUGUUUCUUAUUUUUGCAAAUUGUUUAAGAGCUAUUGGUCGUAUAAUGUCUCUAUGAACUACACACUGUCCCGCGCAUUUUCAGCAAGCACCCUAAAGUGUAUUCCUAAUCUGAUUUCGCUACAACUCUUGACAUCGCCUGUCAAUGAGUUCUAGUUUGGGAAUAUCAGAUCAUAAUCACCGAACUAGUCAUGGUUAACUAUGUAUUUGGCUUCAAACUUUGCUCUUUUUUGUAGACUACUUGAUUCGUUGUAAGAUGGUCAGCGGAGAGCACAAACUGCCGCGAAAACGGCAACCAAUCAGCGGUUUUUCUGCCCUGCCGUAUUAG